AUGGUCUCUACACGUCUGUCCAAUGCUAACAAGAAAGUCGCUCAAGUUGUCAUAGACGUGCAGCAAAAAAGACGCACCUCAGCCCAAACCCACAAGAGCAUAGCGAAGGUUGCAGCUGUCCAGGACAAACUUGCUGUCCAGGAGGAAAAUGCAACUGCCGCGAGAAAGCCCCAACCUCGUCUGGUUGGCAAGGUUGCUGCUGCAGCCGAAAUGGCACCUCCAGCCUCCCAGGCUAAAGCCACAGCACUGAAGAGAGGCAUUGGAACGAUGCAAGAAGCUCUGGAUGGGGUAGAUGAUAGUGGUGAGGCAAACAUGCAGAAGAAGCGGAAGCGAGUGCAGAAGACGGCUCACCGUGAUGCUGUUCGUGCUGUUCAUGCCACUGCAGCAUCAGGUGAUCUCGAUCUUGAUCAUAAUGAUGGGAUCACAGCGGCAUUGAGUUCAUGUGCAUCAGAUGCAGACCUAAAAGGGAAUGUGGCAAUUGACCUGAAGGCUUAUAAGGCCACAAUCUCAGUGUGGGCACGUGGGAUUACGAAUCCAAAGACCAGCAGCGUGUUAUCUCUAUUGCCGUGUCAAGAAAAUCCAACAAGUGUAUCAGGCAUCUCAGUACCCACACAGUUUACCAAAGUGAUGACAAUCAGCAGCGCUACUGCCCCCCCGAAAACUCCUGAAAACUCGGACAUUGGUGACAACGAUGCCCAGAUAGUAGGGUCUCUGCUGGACGAAGAUGACGGGCCUGAGCGCUUGGCAGCACAUGCCCUUAUGAGUCUGAAGAAACAGCCCGGGAGUCUGCGUACUGAAGUGAUUGAGGUUAAGGACAGGUCACCGACUCCACCUCUACCUCCACCUUUGCAAUAUCAGUUUCGCGCUAACAAGUCUCUCUCUUUAUCUGUUGAAGGAGAGCUGCUUGAUGCUUCAAUGGACAACGAUGAAUUAUAUUCUGAAGAUGCCAUGUUCGUUGACAGUGUCAAGGCAAGCCCCAUCGCCAGAAGUAAAUGGGUGACAUUACAGACGAACGUGGAUGUAUUCGAUGAUUUAGAUAUCCCUACCACAAAACGUGUCAAACAGGAGACGACCUUCAAUGCUUCAGAAACGAAAGUGACUACCAGGGAGAAGAAAGUGGCCAAUGGAGAGGUCUUGAGGAUGAAAUACAAGAACAGCGAUCUUCCUGCUGGUUGCCAGGAUGGAAAUGCAUGGCGCAGCUCACUUAUUCCUACCAUCGCUCAUGCUGUGGGCGGGGACAACAUCCAUCCAUGGCUCAUCGAGGACGACGCACUUAUUUUCAUUCUCACGAAGACUUGGAAAGUUGUCUAUGCUGGGAAGCCAACACUUGUCAAUUACUCCAUCGUCCCAGGAGAUGCUGUCUACUAUGUGGCUAAGCAGCGCUUAAGUGAAUGGCGCGGUGGAUUUGGUUCCGCUGCUGUCAUGAUGAUCAUGAGCCUCAUGGCAGCUAGCCCACUCUACGAAUCUGAGGAUAGCCGCGUCGGUUUUGCGAAUUUCUGGCUUGAAGACAACAGAUUUCUCUUUGGGGAUGUCGACUCCGACGACAAAAAGGAAUGGUCAGGGAUGUGGCAGUCCACAUUUGUCCUGCAGACUUUCACGGCUCGCCUCAACUACACCCAAGGACGUGUACCAGUUUCAGAGCUCAACAGCGAGGAGUCGGUUCUUCGAACAGCACUUUCUCUCUCUGCAGCAGCAGUUAAACACGCCCUCAAUCUCCUUGCAACUAAAGAGAUGACUUUUGAGAUCAAGAGCACCUCUAAGGGCAAGAAGAAGCCUUCGCACAAAGGGAAGGUGCCAGCUGCAGAAGUUGAAUGGAUUGCUGUCAUUGGUGAGAAUGAAAGCUUUUCGGAGCCGCUCUGGGGAUAUGACACGUGGAUGUUCUUGACUGCCAUCAAUCGUGUUCCUGCUGACAAGAUGAAAGCUAUUGUUGAGCUUGCUCAACAAUACAUGAAGGCCACGACGCGCGCUGGACAAUCGAAGACAGAUGGCAUGCCUGAGGAUGUUCAGAGCGAAGAGUUCAAUGAACAGUAUGCUGACCUCCUCGCUUUCCACUGA